AUGGAAAAAAUAAAACAAGAAAAGGAAGAAAUAUGUGCUUCUUUACAUAGAGUUGUUGGUGAAAAACAGAAUGACAAUCAGAUUUUGACUACAGAGAAUGAGAAGUUGCAACAUGAUUGCAACAAGUUAUUAUUAGAAAUUAAAGCUCUGAAAAGAAAAAAUGAAAAGGCAAGCAAGUAUGUACAAGAGCUACUGUUGUCACUGGCAGCCUUUAAAAAUGAAAAUGAAGACAGCAAGUCAUGUUUGCAAACCAUUGCUGGUGAAAAACACAUUCUGAUUGCCGAAAAGGAUACCUUACAGCACACCAAUUUUGAACUACUUUUAUCACUAGAAACACUUAAAAGACAAAAAGGGGAACUGGAGAGGAAAUUACAGAUGACUACCAGUGAUAAAGAAGCACUGAUUAUGGAAAAAUAUGAUUUACAGAACAAAAACAGUGAACUAUUGUUGGCACUGAAGUCAUUUCAAAAAGAGAGAGAAGACAUGAGGUCACAUUUGCUUAUGAUCAUUGAUGAAAAGGAGAGCCUGCUCAAAGAAAUGAAUGAUUUCCAAAAUUUGAAACUGACAUUGGAAAUAAUAACAAAAGAAGAACAAGAAAUUAAAAUACACUUGCAAAAUAUUAUUACUGAAAAAGAAAAGAUGAUUGUGGAAAGGGAUGAUUUGCAGCAACAUAACUGUGAGUUAAUGUUAAUGUCAGAAACAUUUAAAUCAGAUAAAAAGAAUAUAAAGGCAUCACCGCAGAUGGUAACUGAUGAAAAGCAAAAUCUGCUUAUAGAAAGAAAUGACUUAGAACAUAUUACCAAUGCCUUGCAGCUGGAACUACAAACAAUUAAAAAAGACAAAGAAGAAAUAAAUGCGUGUUUGCAAAUAGCUGUCAAUGAAAACCAGGAUUUGACCUCUGAAAUAAAUUAUUUGAAACACAGUAACACUGAACUUCAAUUAGCACUGGAAGCAUUUAAAACAAAAACAGAGGAAAUGAUUGCAUGUUUGGAGAUUGCUGUCAAAGAAAACAAAAAUUUGAAACACAGUAACACUGAACUCCAGUUAGCACUGGAAACAUUUAAAACAAAGUCAGAAGAAAUCAAUGCAUGUUUGGAGAUGGCUGGCAAUGAAAACCAGAAUUUGAACAUGGAAAUAUAUGAUUUGAACCACAGUAACACUGAACUCCAGUUAGCACUGGAAACAUUUAAAAUACAGAGAAAGGAAAUUAAUGCAUGUUUGGAGAUGGCUGUCAAUGAAAACCAGAAUUUGAGCAUGGAAAUAUAUGAUUUGAACCACAGUAAAACUGAACUCCAGUUAGCACUGGAAACAUUUAAAACAAAGUCAGAAGAAAUCAAUGCAUGUUUGGAGAUGGCUGUCAAUGAAAACCAGAAUUUGAACAUGGAAAUAUAUGAUUUGAACCACAGUAAAACUGAACUCCAGUUAGCACUGGAAACAUUUAAAAUACAGAGAGAGGAAAUUAAUGCAUGUUUGGAGAUGGCUGUCAAUGAAAACCAGAAUUUGAGUAUGGAAAUAUAUGAUUUGAACCACAGUAACACUGAACUCCAAUUAGCACUGGAAACAUUUAAAACAAAGUCAGAAGAAAUGAAUGCAUGUUUAGAGAUGGAUAUCAAUGAAAACCAGAAUUUGAGCAUGGAAAUAUAUGAUUUGAAACACAGUAAAACUGAACUCCAGGUAGCACUGGAAACAUUUAAAAUACAGAGAGAGGAAAUUAAUGCAUGUUUGGAGAUGGCUGUCAAUGAAAACCAGAAUUUGAGCAUGGAAAUAUAUGAUUUGAACCACAGUAACCCUGAACUCCAAUUAUCCCUGGAAACAUUUAAAACAAAGACAGAGGAAAUAAAUGCAUAUGUGGAGAAGCUUGUUGCUGAGAAGGAGAAUCUGAUUACAGAAAGGGAUGCUUUUCAUCUUAGUAGAAGUGAGUUGUUUUUAAAUUUAGAUGCUCUUAAAAAUGAAAAGGAUAAUAUGGAUAUUCAACUGGAUGACCGAGACCCUAUAGAUCUUAGAAUGAGCCCAGAACGUGAGAAUCUGCAAUCGGUUAAUAGUAAACAGUCAAGAGAAAUAGAUGCAGUUAAUAUGGAAAAGGAUCAAAUGAGCAAUCAUUUUCAAGUGGCUUGCAGUGAAAAUCUGUGCAGCAUCAUGGACAUUAAAGAACUUUUGUUUCUGUUUACUUUGUGUUUUAUUUAUUGGCUAACUGUCAACCGUCUAAGCUGA